AUGUCCAAGCAUCCUUUACAGAAAGAGACUCCGUACACAAGUCCUCCCAUUCUACCGAAGAGCGAAUCCGGUCACGAGCUUCUUGGACUCAGCAGUCGAACAUCCAACAUCAAGAACCAGGACAGUCGUUACCACUGUGAUGAGGAACUCAUGAAAAAGAACCGUGUCCGCGACUAUCACCAAGCAGAACAAGCCUUGCAGCGCGGGCAGUACGCAGAGGCUGAGCGCAUCUGCUACGACAUCGUGGAUAAUGGCAGCGAGAAAUGUUGUUCCGAGGGCAUCAUGGCGCGGGCGAAUAUGCUAUUGGCGAGGCCGGAGGUGACCAAAGAUCUGAAGGAUCGAGAGUACGUUGAGGGGCUUUGUGUUCGAGCCCUGUCAGCUUCGACUGACUUCGCGGCAGGUACUACGCAUCAGAGGCGAUAG